AUGCCACCUGAAUUUAAGCAACGGGUUCUGGAUUUACUCUUUGAUGAUUAUCACAUCAUUGCCCACAAGUCACACAAUCCCACGGUGCUCAACAAUGGGUCGCCAUCCUGCACAGCAGGAAUGUUGGAAGAAAUGUUGACCACAGCUCAAGUCCCUGAAUUGCGUCUGGCUUCCUAUGGAAUGAAGUGCCCUUUUGGUCUGGUUUUGUACAAUCUUGGCGGAGGUGUCCCGAGAUCAUUGGCUCCUCAUCAGGAAAAGAAUCACUUUGACAUUGGUUACACCUAUUAUCCAUACCUUGGGACUGAUCGAUUCCGCAAUGAGAUACUACUGACCAGACGUCCACCUGAUCUCCCUCAAUUUGGAUCAACAUGUUAUCCGCUGCUUCUAGAACUUGGAGAAGGAUACGGAACUGUCAACCUGAUCCCAGAUCAUGAAGCCAUCACACAAAUUAAGGUCUACUCCACCCUUGCCCACGCCUUGAAAGCAACAUCACAGAAAGACAUGAAGUAUGUUCCAACUACAGCCGUCACUUGGAAUACUCGUGUUGACCUCUGUGAAGGAAAAGUCGAGAUCUUGGAAAAAAAUGACCCUGCUCAUCUAUGUGGACUGCGAUUUGAGGCAACCGUCUACGCUAGGUCUGCCAAUGAAGCUUUGGAAAUUGUUGGAAGAGCUGGCUACCUUCACCCUCGGGCCUAUGACCAAACCCCAGACAACCCAAAUCUGCGGCUGGCACUAGAAUGGAAGGCAAUUCCAGUCUCAGAAUAUUUUGAUUAUGCACACAAGAUGAUAGCUAUGGUCAGACGUGUUCAACUUGAAGUCCCUCAGAAGCAUGACAAUCGCAAAGGGAUUCAGGAACACCACCGACAGGUAAUUGUCAAUCUGGCAAAUGCCAUUGGUUGGAAUAUUGGAAAAUUCCAAAGGCCAACCAGUCUUGAUAGAGAGAAAGUGCCAGACCCUUGGUGGGAUAGAUAUGGAAGUAAUUGGCAGCCACCUACCAAUGAGGACGACCCAAUGAAUUAUUUCAAACGGCGGCCCAUCGACCUUUGGGACACUGCUUGGCGUUCCCAGCCAUUCACUCCAGCCCCUCAUCCUGACAACAACUCUCCACCGGUGGAAUCAGCAAGUUCAGAUAAACAAUCAACCGAAAAACCCGCUGCUACUUCCGAAAAGGUUCCUAUGACCAAACUAUCUGAUCAAGUUGACAAGGACAUUGAGGAUCUCAAGAGCAAGGAUCAUCCAUCAUCCAACACUAAACUGCCAUCCAAACCUCUUGAAAAACCUGCCAGUUCAAAUAUCCUCCAGCUGGAGGGAAAACCACUCUCAAACACAUCCCUGGCCCCAAUCAGACAUAUCUACUAG